AUGUCGUGCCAGGCAUUCUCUGAACAGCGGGCGUCGAGUGCCGAUCGUGUCAGUCGUCUCUCGCAGCGGUUGCGUUCCGGCGCCAUUGCGAUGUCGCGCUCGGCCAUCACACAAACAGAUUUGCUGGUUGACAGAAUCGUCGACGUUGGCGAGGGGGGGGCGGCAAACUUCUUUGAGCAGCUUUUGGCUCGGCUCGAGCAGCACGGCGUUCGGCGGUGCCGCGAGGGCGACGAGGCUGCAACGAACCUUGACAGCGGUAACUCACCUCAUGAGACGCCAGCGGUGGGGCACCGCUCUGUGGAUGCGUCGUUGCAGUUAGCGGCGGCGGUUGCACACGGGGCGGAGGAUGCCCGUGCGCCGUACUACUAUAUGUGUGUCCCUUGUGAAGUGCGGCUGACGGCAACCGCGACGACCGCCGCAACCCUCGCAAUGCUUGAGGACGCCCACCACCACUGCUCCUCCGCGGAGCAUCGGAGGAUUGCGUCUUGGAUGGGCGAGCCUGACAUUGACUGUACGCUGCAAAACGCACUGGAGAUGGACCCCACGGGGUAUGCUCGGAUCCACGUCAACGGGGUUCCCAUGCUGCUUUCUCGGCGCCCUGGGGGAGGGGAUAUGUUCUUCCCCCUUCCGCACGAGGUGCAGGAUCACGAGCGCACGGCACCUGCAGGCAUGGAUGGGCGCUUGUUCGCCACUCAACCACAAACCGAGGUCUGGCACCAUCCGCUGCGGUCCGUCUACACUGGAGCCAGGCAGCUGUUGUACAGAGACGAUGAUUUUCGACCAAGGCGCAAAAACAAGGGAAAACAACACCAACGGCUUCGUUGCCAUUUCAAUGUGCACCAUAUCCCUAUGGAUAGCUAUGAAGCAGAGAGUUUUCUGGGAGGCCCAACGGUGCCGGCCAUUUUUGAGGUCACGCGGCAACGUUUGCCAAAGGUCAGUAAAGAGGGUGGCGUGGAAGACGGCGGGUACCGCAGCGAGUAUGUCGUCUCGGAUAAACCUUGCAUGGUGUGGAGCGAUUCCAUGCAAACCGAAUUGAGCUCACUGGUUGUGAGGCAUGAUGGCAUGUAUCGCAUCGCGCUCCUACGUGCAAGUGAAGCGACGAGAUGGCUGUCUGAGGCGCCUCCGACAGAUGGUUCAAGUCAGGGUCACGACGCAGGCGGUGAAAGUCAUAGCCAGGUGCUCACCGUUGAGGCACUGAGUCAGGUUUGUGCCGCACCAACGUUUAACCGUGUCUUUAAGGACUUGAAUACGUCGGGUGUGGGUUCAAGUGAUGCGUUUACGCGCUCAGACGUUUCCUCGGAGGCGAGCAGUUGA